CUUUCUCGUAUCGUAAUUAUAAUAUCACGAUAAAUCGGCGUUGAAAAAAAAGAAAAAAAAGUAAACUAUCAGGGCUGUUUCCAAGACAAAAACCUAAUAAGUCCUUAAUGGGCCUAUAAUUAAAAAAUAAAUACGUAAAAAGCUGGUCCAGUAAGGCCCAAUACUAAAAUCGAAAUUUAGGGUUUAAAACGAACGAACAAAAACACUUCUCCGUCGUUGUUUGCAGUCAGUAACACCACACCAUGGGGCGCUCUCGAGUUCAAGUCAAUAAGGCUCACAAGACUCGCUUCUCCUCCAAAUCUUCUCGAAAUCUCCACAGAACCUCCCUUCAAGAUGGCGGCCGGAUUGGUAAAGCGGAGGGGAGCCAUGUCAAAGGUGCUAGAGCUGCUCGUCUUCAGCGUGGCAAGAUGCUCAGAGAGCAGAAGAGAGCAGCGGUUUUGAAGGAGAAGAGAGCUUCAGGAGGAUCAACCAGUGCUCCUCGUGUUAUCGUCUUGUUUCCUCUUUCUGCUUCUGUGGAUUUGAAUUCACUUGGUGAUGACGUCUUAAAGCUGUUAUCUAAUGGUGAUGGUUCUUGUUCAACAGUUGCAUCUUCUGAGUAUAAGCUAAGAGCAACUGUGUUGAAGGCGCCUCACGGGGAUCUUCUGACAUGCAUGGAAAUGGCUAAGGUUGCUGAUUUGAUGGCUUUUGUUGUAUCUGCAAACUCCCCAUGGGAAGAGAAUGUAUCUAGCUUCAUAGACUCAUUCGGAAGUCAGUGCCUUUCUGUGCUUAGAUCUAUUGGUCUACCUAGCACCACUGUGUUGAUUCGUGAUUUACCCAGUGAGUUGAAAAAGAAAAAUGAGCUGAAAAAGAUGUGUGCCUCGCAACUGGCUUCUGAAUUUCCUGAGGAUUGUAAGUUUUAUCCAGCAGAUACCAGAGAUGAGUUGCAUAAGUUCAUGUGGUUAUUCAAGGCACAAAGGCUUACUGUGCCUCAUUGGAGAACUCAACGGCCAUAUGUUGUGACUGAGAAGGUUGGGAUGGUAGUAGCUAAUGAAAGCUCAGGAAAAUGCACUCUACUUCUCUCUGGUUACUUGCGUGCUCGCAAACUAUCUGUAAAUCAGCUGGUCCAUGUUUCUGGCGUCGGUGAUUUUCAGCUCUCAGAACUUGAAGUCCUGAAGGACCCAUUUCCAUUGAAUGAAAGGAAAAAACAGAAUUCCAUGGAACUGGAUGAUUCACAUGAUGAAGAGGUAUUGAGGUCUCUGCAUCCUGAUCCCAUGAAACAAGAGCCUUUAGUAGCUGAAAACACUCCAGAUCCUUUAGCAGGGGAACAGACAUGGCCAACUGAGGCAGAGAUGGCUGAGGCGGACAGAAAUCAGAAGCAGGGAAAGCUAAAGAAGAGGACUUUGCCACGAGGGAUGUCAGAAUAUCAGGCUGCUUGGAUUGUCGAUGAAAUAGAUGAAGAGGAUUCUGAUAAUGGUGAUUCCGAUGAUGAUGGUAUGGUGUUGGAUAAACAAGAGGAUCACUUCUCCAAUCAAGACCAAGAUUUUGAGGACGAUAAAGAAACACUGCGGGAUGUGGAUAAUGAAACUUAUAACGACUCCGAGAUGAUGGAUGAUGAAAACUUGACAAGGGAGCAGUAUGAGGAUCAAAUGAAGAAAAUAAAAGAGGCACAUGCCGAGGAUGAGGAAUUUCCUGAUGAAGUAGAGACUCCCAUUGAUCAGCCUGCAAGAAAACGUUUUGCAAAGUAUAGGGGUCUCAAAUCCUUCAGAACGUCAUCGUGGGAUCCAAAUGAGUCUCUACCUCAGGACUAUGCCAGAAUCUUUGCUUUUGAUAAUCUCGCAAGGACUCAAAAGCUUGUACUCAAGCAAGCCCUGAAGAUGGAAGAAGAAAGCAGAGAUGAUUGUGUACCCACUGGCUCAUAUGUACGGCUGCAUAUUAAGGAAGUGCCUCUUGUUGCUGCCUCUAAACUAUCCUCCCUUGUGAGCUCGAAACCCGUUAUAGCAUUUGGGCUUUUACAGCAUGAAUCCAAGAUGUCGGUUCUGCACUUUAGCGUUAAGAAGUAUGAUGGUUAUGAAGAUCCUAUCAAAACUAAAGAAGAACUUAUGUUCCAUGUUGGUUUCCGCCAAUUCGUUGCAAGACCAGUGUUUUCAACCGACAAUUUCAGCUCAGACAAGCACAAGAUGGAGCGGUUUCUGCACCCGGGGCGUUUCUCAUUGGCUUCAGUAUACGGCCCGAUAUCUUUCCCGUCACUUCCUUUGGUAGUUCUGAAGAUUUCUGAAGGGUCGGAUGCUCCUGCCGUUGCUGCUCUUGGUUCCUUGAAAAGCAUUGAACCCAACAAAAUAAUCUUAAAGAAGAUAAUAUUAACUGGGUAUCCUCAGAGAGUAUCAAAGAUGAAAGCAUCAGUGAGAUAUAUGUUCCAUAACCCGGAAGACGUGAGAUGGUUUAAGCCUGUAGAAGUGUGGUCUAAAUGUGGGCGUCGUGGUCGCGUGAAGGAGCCCGUGGGUACACAUGGGGCAAUGAAAUGCAUAUUCAAUGGAGUGGUGCAGCAACAUGACGUCGUGUGCAUGAACUUGUACAAGCGUGCUUAUCCCAAAUGGCCCGAGCGUAUGUACCCACAGCUUCUCUAAUUCUAAAUUAUAGAAUGGAGCUGAUGAUGAUGUUCAAGUUUCUUUACUUUGAUAACUUAUGGACCUGGUUUAGUCAAUGUCCUCCAGUUUUGUCAUGUAUGUGAUAAUAUAAUAUGCUUUUUAUUCUUGGCUUCCCUUAUUUUUA